CUGCUUAUGUCAGAGGCGGCAGCACCAGUCCGUAGGUAGAGCUGAGCGCAGCAAGGACGAUGGCGACCGGCUCUUGGCAAACCGUUUAAUUAAGAUUAACACGCGUAAUAUUUUUUUAUUUAGUUCACGAAGCCGACUCUGUCAUGGAGGGACAAGUGUUUCCCGACCAGGACCAGCUCCUGCAGUUCCUGAAGAGGCUCAAGGAGGUUUUCGACGUCUGUGACGAGGAUGCUGACGGCUUCAUCCGUGUGGAGCACUUGGUGGACCUCGGGCUUCAGUUCGGUCAAGGAGACGAGGUGAAGAAGUUGACGAGGUACCUGGACCCAAACGCUCAUGGCAAAAUCAACUUCAAAGACUUCUGUCAUGGAGUGUUCGCGAUCAAAGGUUGCGAGGAGAUACUGAAAAUGGCUGUGGGUCCUCGCAGUCUUUCCACCAGCCAGCCGUCUGUCACAGACAACGGCUACAUCUACCAGAACGGCGAGGCGAAGCUGGGUCCUCCGAUCAUCAUGUGUACGCGGUCCUACCCAGAAUGCAGUGCUUACAGUGGCGCCGAUGGGGAGUGUGACAUGGACAGCAGCGCUGAAAACACCAACAGCUCUGACAUGCUGCACCCAACACGACAAAACAGCCACCUGAUUGGCUCAGCGGCUGCAUCCGUCAUCUCCGGGGAAGAGCAGUUUGAAGACUACGGUGAGGGGGAGGACGUGGAUUUUACUCCCAGCAGCCCGUGCCCCGAAGAUGACACCCGAACUAAUGGCUUCUCAGACCUGGGAUCCUCACUCCCCUCCAGCGCGGGCCAGACUCCUCAGAAGAUGCGGCAGCUGUACAACAGCGAGCUGCUGGAUAUCUACUGUUCUCAGUGCUGCAAGAAAGUGAAUCUGCUCAAUGACCUGGAGGCUCGACUCAGAAACCUCAAAGCCAACAGUCCUAACAGAAAGAUUUCCAGCACAGCAUUUGGACGCCAGCUGUUCCAGGCCAACCACAGCGUGUUCGGCUCCAGUCAGGGCAGCAGCACCGAGGAUUUGUUCACAGACAGCAUCGACUCCUGCGACCUCGACAUCACAGAAAAAGUCAGCUACCUGGAGAAGAAGGUGACGGAGUUGGAAAGCGACAGUCUGGCCAACGGUGACCUCAAGUCAAAACUCAAACACGAGAACACACAUCUUGUACACAGGGUGCACGAGCUGGAGGAGCAGGUGAAGGAUGCAGAGACGAAGGCGGCAGAGAGUCUGGAGGAGGAGAUGAAGAGACACCGGGAGGUUUACACCAAGAUGGAGAGAGACAGAAACACAGAGAGAGACCUGCUCUGUAACAGGGUUCAACAGUUGGAAGAAGAAAAUGGAGAGAUGAAGAUAAACGUGUGCAGACUCAAGUCUCAGACAGAGAAACUGGACCAGGAGAAGCAGAGGAUGACUGACAAGCUGGAGGACACCAGUCUAAGGCUGAAAGAUGAGAUGGAUCUGUACAGGAAGAUCAUGGAGAAGCUCUGGCACAAUCGCAAUGCAUUCCAAAAGGAAAAAGAGUCUAUGCAGGAGUUGAUCGAUGAUCUCCGCCGGGAGCUGGAGUAUCUGCAGCUGUUUAAGCUGGAGAUGGAGCAUCCUGGAAAAGGAAAGGGGCUGUCUGAGUAUAACGCAAAGACCAGGGAGAUGGAAAUGGAGCAUGAAGUCAAGAGACUGAAACAGGAGAACCACAAGCUACGGGAUCAGAACGACGACCUGAACGCUCAGAUUCUGAGUCUGAGUUUAUACGAGGCUAAAAGUCUGUUUUCUUGUCACACCAAAGCCCAGUGCCUGGCGGCCGAGAUUGACAAUGCGUCCAGAGAUGAGCUCGUCGACGCCCUGAAGGAGCAGGAGGAGAUCAACCUGCGUCUGAGGCAGUACAUGGACAAAAUCAUUCUGGCCAUUCUCGACCACAACCCCUCCAUCCUGGAGAUCAAGAGUUAGACGUCACACACGCCCUCCACACUCUCUCGUAUUAGUGUAGUUGUGCCAAUCUACCAAUAUCUUAACGUUGGCCUACGUGUUAAAGAUGUAAUCCUUAAGAUUCCCGUCCUGGUCUCUGGUUUCUGGUCUCUGGCCUCUGAGCUGCAGCUUGUGCAUCGCUUUGAGGAAGUCGGCAGCGGCUGUUUUCCAUCGUGCUACGAGUAACUGAAUUUCAUUCUGCUUCACGAGAAAGUAGUCGCCGCUCAAAAUAUCUCAUCAAAAAUGCAGUGUGUGCCGACCUCUUACACAUUGCAUUUUCCUUCACAAUAAAAGCUGCCCUGUGUUUCAGUUGAAGGCUUUUAAUAUGAGCUAGAAACUGUCGGAUCUGUUCAGCUAAUGUUCAGCUUCCGCCGAAUUCCUCCGAAUACGUAUGAAGGCUGUUUGAAUCCAGUGCAGGAAUGGCUGCCAAAACAAUAUCUACUGUAUAAAGCUAUGAUCACAGAGUGUAAUGGCUUUUUUUUUUUUUUUAAAUGACGCAUACCAGGGUUUGAUAUUAUGAAAAUCUUAAGGAUUACAACUCUGAACCAGAGCUCGAAUAAUGAAUGUCUCUGAAACUGUUGCUAACAAAUGUAGUCAUGUGGACGCACACACAAAUGUAUAUCUCCACCCCUCCAGCAGCCAGUCGCCACAUUUCACCUGAAUUUACCGUUUGUAAGUCCGUCUGUCGAUCACCGUCGAGCUACUGUGCCAUAUUUGAACCUAUCCACCGGUGUUUUUUCAUUGUACACUUGAAACUACUUGAAUUUGAUGAGUGAGAGUAAACAAAAAAAAAAAAAGCAUUGUUCACUUUAGGCUAUCACACUCUACUGAGUUGAAUGGUUUACGUACAUAUCAAGCGAAUGCAACAAAGGAGCACGGAUCUGUUGGAAAUGGAUUUGAAGAGUUGUGAAAAAAAAAUGAAACACUUGUUUACACCUUGAACGCAGCUUGGUCCUUCACUUGCUUCCCAAACUAUUAAACUCACAGAAACGUCUCGAAUCAGAUUUUACGGACGUAUUAAUGAGGAUCGUUUAAAACGAUCCAUAUGAAAUAAUUAAACUUCCCUGUUGCUACGCUCACAUGGACGCUACUUCCACCACAGAGUGAGAGAAUAUUGAUUAAAUUUAAUUUGAUCAAUAAAGCAAAAAUAAUUUCCACCUGCUGAAGGAAGUAUUGCCCGUGUAAAUGUAGCUAUUGAUCUCUAGUAUAAAGAACCACCUCAGAAUUCAGAGGCCAUUGAAAGAAUCCCUUUACUAGUUACACUUCAAAUUAAAUAUUAACCUUAAAUAUAUAUUUUUUUCACACACACUCACCUAGAUAAGCUAGAAACCAGAAAGGUGCUCCACAGGUGUGUCACAGUGAACGAUGACGUGUUGCAAAUCAAACUAGUUUUGCUCCAUUGCACUAAAUGUUCACAAAGUCAUAUUUUCAUAUUUAUUUAUUUAUUUUCGGUUCUUCCACGUUUAUGUUUAUGCACAUUUUCUACUCAUUUUCUACUCAUUUUUAUUUUCUGACACUGUAUUUGUGUAUUUCAUACGUUGUAAAUGUUGUACAGAAUAUAGUUACACUGUUUACGUGCAAGUCACUUAUUAAAAAAGCCUCUGUGAGAGGUUUGACACUAAAUAUGUGUAGAUUAUAAUAUAUAUAUAUACAUAUAUAGAUAUAACACACCUGUGUCUUAGCCAAAGUGUAUUCACCUGGAAUAAUCAUUUUAAAGUCUGUGUAAAGGAAAUUCAGAAUUGGUUUCUCAACAUGUUAUAUACAUGUUAGUAAAUUACUGCCACAUUAAAGUGGCUUUCAUGGCUUUUGUGUUUUCGGAAAUUUUCACCUGGGUCUGAAAUCAUGCAGCUAUAGCAACAUAACAUUACACUACCCCCCUGUUAAUAAUAUGACAUUAAAGUUCAUUAGCGUCUGUGUUGCUCCUGUUUUAUUGAAAGCUACCACAGCGUUGGUUUGCUAGCUAGCUGUGCUUUCAUCAUACACUCUGCACUGGUUCACGGUCAUGUUGGACCAGGAAGGAGAUGGAACAUCCCCAAACUGUUCCCACAAAGUUUGGAGCAUGGGAUUGUCCAGAAUCUCUUGGUAUGCUGAAGCAUUCAGAGUAUAUCUAGUGCCAAUGUCUGCAGUUCACACCCACCAGUGGGUGUUUUACAGUGUAAGUUGCCUUAUGUUAUCACUCUAACUUUGUCCAUUCUCCUAAAUAAACUACUACGUAGCAUGUAGCCUAGCAUCCUUUUUAUCGCCAGUAAUGGUUAAUACCAGAAUAUAUAUUCCUCCAAGGGUAAUCCUUACCUACAUUCAAUAUAGCAAAGACCACUGACUGAUGUUUACAUCAAGAUUGUGAGAUACUUUUGAAACCUAAUUUAAUUUUCACUUUCGGUUCGUCGCCAGGUUAUUCUUCGGCCGGUGUGACUGCUUUACACAGACUUUAAACACGGUGGAAGAAAAAUAUAGUUUGUCACAGUUCACACACGCUUAUUUCUUUCACUUGUGUACCACUUAAGUAGAACUAUGGGUGACUAAAUGUGUAAAUAAAAUCCAUUUGCUUUGGCAUGACAA